AUGGAAAAAGACAAAGAGAUCGAGAAAGAGGAGAAUGAAAAAGGAAAGGGAAAAGAGAUUGAACGACCAGAAAAGAAGCAAAGGAAGAGAAUUAUCUACUUUAUCCAAGUUCCUAGUCAUAAAGGGGACUUCGUGGGGAAAGAGUUGAUAAACUGUCUAAAUGAGUGGGGUAUCUCGUCAAUUUUUGCAGUGACAGUUGACAAUGCCUCCUCAAAUGAUGCUGCUCUUAGAAAAUUAAAGGUACAAUUGUUGGACAAAGACAAUACCAUUCCAUUGAAUGACGAAAUGUUUCAUAUGAGGUGGAACUCCACCUACUUGAUGAUAGAAUCUGCUAUAAAAUUCAAGAAGGCUUUUGAGAAUUUGGAAGUAGAUGCGAAUAACACAAAGUACUUUGAUGAAGAAAGAAUGGAUGGCCCACCAACCAACCUAGACUGGGAAAAAACAUUUGUGUUUGUUGACUUUUUAAGGAGAUUCUAUGAUCUUACUAAUCGAUUUAGUGGAACAUUAUAUGUCACAUCCAAUCUAUCCCUUCCGGAUAUUUUGAAGGUUCAAGCCAAUUUAACUAUUAUGGCUUCGAAUCAUGAUACUUUGUUAGGGGCUAUGGUAGUUAGUAUGAAACAAAAGUAUGACAAGUACUGGGGAAGGAUUGAGAAGCUGAAUAUGUUGACAUUUAUUGUCAAUAUCCUUGAUCCAAGGUAUAAAUUAGAGGUUGUGAAUCUUGGUUUCAAAUUUGUGUACUAUUCAAGUGAGGCUGAAAAAAUGAUAAAGUUGGUGAAAAAUACUUUGGCACAGUUGUAUGAUUUUUACAAACAACAACAACAACCAUCUCAGUCAUCUCAAGCUCAACCAUCUCAAUCUCAGCCUCAGCCAUCUCAGCUUGUUAUCAAUUCCACUACAGAAUCAUUUCUUCAAGGACAACUACAACUUAGUGAUAACAUUGAAGAAGAUAGUCUUGAAUACUACUUGAGUGAUCGUCGUGAGAAGCUUGAUCCUGCCUUUGAUAUUCUGCAAUGGUGGAAACAUAAUGGAUUCAAGUAUCCAAUAGUUGCACGUAUGGCAAAAGAUGUAUUGGUUGUUCACAUGUCUAUAGUAGCAUCUGAAUCAGAUUUUUCUACUGGUGGAAGAAUCCUAGAUUCAUUUAGGAGUUCCUUAUUCCUGAGGAUGGUGGAGGCUUUGAUUUGUUCUAAAAAUUGGUAUACUUGUGAGUGUGAAGAGCCUGUUGUGCUUCAACAAUACGUGGAUGAGAUUGAUGGUUUAGAGGCAUGUGAACACGUUUUGCCAGACUUUUGA